GAAUGUGUAUGAUAAUUGAUAACAUGACGACUGGAAACGUCAUAGCGCUUGUCGCCAUUACAUAUACUUUUUGCGAUUUCUGCUGAAAGAAAUUGCUUGUGUCAAGCAAACAGCGCGAGAUUUGUAUUUGUUUUUAAAUUGAGAUGGAUGUUUGACCUUGGAUUUUAAACUAUCGCAAAGGCAAGAAUACAAAGGUAAGAUGGCACCACCAAGAAGAAUAUUGCGGCAACAGCUGGAGAUUUUAAUGGACUUUUUGGAAGAAAAUAAAGACAUGUCUAAAGGCUUGCCUCCUGGCACACCGGUGUCACACCAUGCAACUAGACAGAAGUGGUCAGAAUUGGCUAAGAAACUAAAUGCGGUGCAAAGUGGUACCUUGAAGACUCCUGACGGUUGGAAGAAAUAUUGGUUUGAAUGGCGACACAAAUGUAGGAGAAAAGCAGCAGAUGGCCGCAGAUUUCAGUCAACUUCAGAUGGUGGUACAAAUAGAUUUGUGCCUCUUAAUGAUUUAGAAGUGAGAGUUUUAGAGCUUAGCGGGAAGGGAUCGGUGACAUCAUCAAAACCAAAUACAAAACAAAUAGAGGACUUUAUGGCUGAAGAUUCUGAUACAGAACAGCAAAUGAUUGAUGACACUCCAAAACCCGUUGCUAGAGUAAAGCGAUCAGUCAGUGCUACAAAAGUUAACACAGAUGAUGUUUUCUCCGAUGAGUCUCCACCAAAAUGGGCCUUAGAGUUGGAGGAACGAAGGAUAUCAGCGGAGGAGAGAAUAGCAGAAGCACUACAUUCUAUAUCAAAUAUAAUGCUAGUACAAGAAGAAAGGCGCAAGUUACUAGAGAAUCGUAUGGCAGAUGCUUUAUCUGCUAUUGCUGGGACAUUACAAGAUUUAAAUAGCGGCUUACAAGAUACUUUACAGCGUUUAAUACCUAGUGAACCUGGUCUGAAAAAUGAUGUGUUUUAUAGAUAAGUUUGGAUGGCGUUUCAAUAGUUCCUACAUAUACCAUUAUGUAUACCAAUUUAUGUAUAGAAAUAGUUUUAUAUGAAUUAAGUAAUAGACAUUAAAGUUUUUAUAGCCAUGCACAUGAAGAAUUUAUUUCAACC